UUUGUGUCUGACUUGUGAGUGAGUGAGUGAGUGAGUAAGUGAGUCUAUUUUGGAAAAUAUUGAUAUCCCUGUGCUGUGAUAGAGAUAUGCUAUGCCGUAAAUGGGAAUACGGGUCAAAGAUCGAGCACCCGGCCCACCAUCACGGCAAAGGAAAGGGAUGGACCCAUACGUCGGAUACCGGUGACCAACAUCACGGACACUAUCCGGUAAUCGAUGACUAUCAUAAGCCCCAGGUUUAUCAUCAUACACCUAAAUUUGAAUUACCCAAAUACGAGCACCAAAUCUAUCACAAGGAACCGGUAGCCCAUUACGCACCACCAGUUAAACACUACGAGUCGGCACCCAUUCACAAGAAGGACGGUUUUCUGGACGGUGGUCUGGGCAGUGGUCUGGGCAGUGGUCUGGGCGGUGGUCUGGGCGGUGGUCUGGGAGACGUUAAUGUCGAUGUCGACGGUAUUAUCGACGAUAUCAGUCAAAACUUGAAACACACUAACAGUGGCUACUCGUCCUAAAAAAAUGCUAAUAAAAAUCAAGUUUAG